AUGCGACAGCAAGCAGUAUGGGAGCUCAGGCCUCCAACCGUAAUUGGCCAGUUCCAUACACUUUUCUUUGGAUCAGUACGCAUGUUCUUCCUUGGAGUUUUGGGCUUUGCAGUGUACGGCAAUGAAGCUUUGCACUUUAGCUGUGAUCCAGACAAAAGAGAAAUAAACCUCUUUUGUUAUAACCAAUUCAGACCAAUUACCCCUCAGGUUUUCUGGGCAUUGCAGUUAGUGACUGUACUAAUUCCUGGAGCUGUUUUUCACCUCUAUGCUGCCUGUAAAAGUAUUGACCAAGAAGAAAUUCUGCAACGCUCUGUCUACACUGUGUUCUACAUUAUUUCCGUGCUGUUAAGGAUUAUCCUAGAGGUCGUUGCUUUCUGGCUUCAGAGUCAUCUCUUCGGUUUCCAAGUCAACCCAGUCUACAUGUGUGAUACUAGUUCUCUGGGUAGAAAAGUCAGUAUCACAAAAUGUAUGGUACCUGAACAUUUUGAAAAGACCAUUUUCCUUAGCGCUAUGUAUACAUUUACUGUUAUAACAAUAGCGUUGUGUGUUGCAGAGAUUUUUGAAAUUCUCUGCAGGCGUUUGGGCUUUUUGCCAUCUACAUAGUUAAGAUGUACAGAACUAACUUCCGUUUAUAAAUGUCUGCUUUGCACUUUUUACUCUAACUUCUUUCUCCCCACACAACAGGUGACACACACACUUCACAGGAUAUAAAUACUUCUGCACAAUUCAGCCACAAAUCACCAACGAAGGACUGUUUAUUUGUUCCUGUUAAAACUCUUUUAGUCAAUGGAC